UCAUAAAAAAGUUUCCGACUGCGCACGCUCAGAAUGAACACGCCGAACAUGCACGAAACCGGUUCGGAGCGACACUGCGCACUGCUACAAACCCCAACAAGCCAUUCCGUGCUGAUCUCUUCUCCACCGGCCGUCGAAGAGAACAUCUUCAACGCCAUCAAUAACGUCAGAAGUGAUACCUUCCCAAGGUACGAAUCGACCGGAAUCUUUCGUGGCAGAGCGCAUCCAAACUACGCAAACAUGUCUUUCGGAAGAAGCAGCAAUGGCGGAAGUAGUUCCUUCAGAGGUCGUGGUGGAUCGAGCGGAGGACCAGGUGGCGGCUACCGCAACGGUAGCAGCAAUGGCUCCUCCGGUGGUUUUGGUGGCCGCUCGCGUUUUGGCAGCGGUGGCGGCGGAGGGGGUGGCCGCUUCGGCAGCCAAAGCAGCGGUCCACCUGGUGGUCGUCUGCGCAAACCCAACUGGGAAACAGCUACCUUACGCCCGUUUAAGAAAGACUUCUACGUGCCCCACCCGAACGUAGACAGCCGCUCCGCAUACGAAGUAGACCAGUAUCGUCGUAGCAAACAAGUAACUGUCGAUGGCGGUAAUGUACCACACCCAAUCCAGCAUUUCGAGGAAGCCAACUUCCCCGAUUACGUUAUGAGCAACAUUCGCAAACAGGGCUACGACCAGCCGACUGCCAUUCAGGCACAGGGCUGGCCUAUUGCCAUGAGCGGCAACGAUCUGGUGGGCAUUGCGCAAACCGGCUCAGGAAAAACACUCGCUUAUAUUCUGCCCGCUAUCGUACAUAUUAACAACCAGCAGCCGAUCUCGCGCAACGAGGGCCCCAUUGCUCUUGUGCUGGCACCUACACGUGAGCUUGCGCAACAAAUCCAACAAGUUGCCAAUGACUUUGGCGCUAACUCCUAUGUGCGCAACACUUGCAUUUUCGGUGGAGCCCCCAAAGGGCCCCAGGCGAGAGACCUGGAACGUGGUGUGGAGAUUGUCAUCGCUACACCCGGUAGAUUGAUCGAUUUCCUCGAAAAGGGUACCACCAAUUUACAACGUUGUACAUACCUGGUCUUGGAUGAAGCUGAUCGUAUGUUGGACAUGGGCUUCGAGCCUCAGAUCAGAAAGAUCAUUGAACAGAUUCGCCCAGACAGACAAACACUUAUGUGGAGUGCCACAUGGCCCAAAGAGGUACGAAAACUGGCCUCAGACUUCCUCAAAGACUACGUUCAGAUCAACAUUGGCUCGCUGCAACUCUCCGCUAAUCACAACAUCUUGCAAAUCGUUGAUGUAUGUCAGGAACACGAAAAAGAAACAAAAUUAAAUAAUCUUCUGCAAGAAAUUGGCAACAAUGGUGAACCAGGCGCAAAAACCAUUAUCUUUGUCGAAACAAAAAAGAAGGUAGAAACAAUCACACGCAACAUUCGCCGCUUUGGCUGGCCGGCUGUGUGCAUGCACGGUGACAAGAGCCAACAGGAGCGCGACUACGUCUUGCGGGAGUUCCGCAACGGCAAGUCUUCAAUCCUUGUUGCAACAGACGUUGCGGCACGCGGUCUCGAUGUGGAGGGUAUUAAGUAUGUCAUUAACUUUGACUACCCCAACUCGUCAGAGGACUAUAUUCAUCGUAUUGGUCGUACCGGAAGAUCCGAUUCGACAGGCACAUCAUACGCCUUUUUCACGCCUGGCAACUUCAGACAGGCGAAGGAUUUGGUCUCAGUGUUGAAAGAAGCUAACCAGGUUGUGAACCCAAAACUAUCAGAGAUGGCUAGUAGAGGCGGUGGUUUCAGCAAAACCGGCGGUGGCCGUUGGGGUUACGGCGGCGGUUUCCGCGGCCGGGAGAACAGCGGCCCACGCACACACCAGAGAUUUGGAGGUGGUGGCGGCGGUGGCAAAUCAAACGGCUACAGCAACGGUUCAUCUUAUUGAAGAUCCAUCGAAACUUACAACAUACCUAUCAAGAACAAUAUCGGACUUUGAAGCUCCAUAACUUCAGAAACUUCUCAAUGUAAUUCGGUGUUGAAGAAUGGUCUGACGCAGUAUUUACUCCCAACCCCCUGCAAAAGCAUUCCGCCGACAGUUGUGGAUCUGAAUCUUCGUUAAUGGACGAAUAUUUGUUCUCCAACACACACGACACUCUUAGAUUCCAAUUUAAUUUAUUAUUAAAAAGCAGUGCGUUCACUUGCGUAACAUAACUAAUAUGAAUUUAAACCUAGAGCAUAUUAUUUAUUAACUUAGGGAUGAUGCGCGAUAAGUUUGUUUCCACAUUUGGACGAAUUCUUGCACAGAUCGAAUUUGACGUUGUUCCAUGUUCAUUAUUCGUCACAAUAUAAUCGAAGCGUUUAUAAAUGAAGGUGAAACUAACACAAAGAAACUUAUAGUACAAUUUACAUAGGUUAAUCUCUGACUAAAAGUAUGAUUGUGAUUUUCGUUGGGCUUUGAGCGAUUUGGAAUGCUCCUCCGCAAUCAAGCGAGAAAUUAAAACAGACCAAGUGCAGACGAUGUUUAAAUUGCAAGAUGAUUUUUCCUGUGAUUAGAAUAGAUUUUUUUUACGGAGUAAGGUGGCACGACGAAUGCAAGGAAGAAGUUCUAUUUUAUUUGUUUCUCACAAACUGUAUACUGCAUUAUGUUCAUAACAAAUGUGCAUACUAUUCUGUUUGUCUCAUCGAUGUUGAUGAAUUAAAAAAAUAAACCGGAGGUUUUCUAAAAGUAAAA